AUGAGUGUCAGGACGGUGUGGAGUUUGGGGAAUUUGUCCAGGGCUGUCAUACGGGGAGCAGCUGUGCGCUGUGUACUGACUGUCGGCGGGAGAUGGGGAGGAUCUCGAGCACGGGGUCUACCAGGCUGGCACAGCAGGAGCUCACCUCUGUGUACAAUGAGCGCAGGAUCACGUGGCGGCAACCUGCGUCCUCCAUUUAUCCUGAUGAGUGCCGCAGCAUUUUCUAUUUUCUCUAAACUUCGUGAGGAGGAUGAAGACCUUUCUGAGUCAGAACAACAGAUAGUUUACAUGUUGAAGAAGGCCAAGUCUUCUUCGUGGGUAUCCCCAACCCUUAGAGGACAGCAAGGCCUGGGCUAG